CACGUGACAACAUGGCGGCGGCGUUGCUCAAAACGAUAGACCGAGCAGUUAAAUCGUCCUUUUCUAUCCGUACAAGUGUGUUCCCACCGGCCAGGUUCGGCAGAAGUGUGGCACGAUGUCUCUCCACCACGCCAGCCAAGGCGUCUGUACAGACCACGACCCCCAUGCCGGAGGCAGACGGCUUCCCUGGGGUCCACACCCACCAGGAUUUGUACGACUUCUCUCUGAGGGAACCCGACACUUUCUGGGGAACACUUGCGAAGUCUCGCAUACAGUGGAUCAAGUCCUUCGACCGUGUGAGUGACUGUGAUAUGUCAGCAGGGAAGAUAGAGUGGUUUCUUGGAGGCCAGCUCAACGUCUCAGUUAAUACCUUGGACAGACAUGUGCAGAAAAUGCCAGACAAAGUAGCUCUGAUUUGGGAGAGGGAUGAGCCAGGAACUGAAGUGAGGAUUACGUACAGGGAACUCCUCGCCAUGACAUGUCAGCUGGCUAACACUUUAAGGAGCCAUGGAGUAAAGAAGGGAGACAGAGUGUGCAUUUACAUGCCCAACUCUCCCAUAGCUGUGGCAGCCAUGCAAGCUUGUGCACGAAUCGGAGCCCCACACAGUGUGGUGUUUGCUGGCUUCAGUGCUGAUGCCUUGGCAAGCAGGAUCCAAGAUGCCAACUGUGAAACAGUGAUCACGACAGAUCAGGCUGUGAGAGGAGGGAAAGUGAUCGAGCUGAAGAAGACUGUGGAUGAUGCUGUUGCCAACUGCCCCAUGGUGAAGAGGGUACUGGUAGCACAGAGGACUGGCAAAGAAGUUCCAAUGAAACACAACCUGGACUUCUCCCUCGAGGAGGAUAUGUGCAGGCAGUCCACAGAGUGUACCCCAGAGAUAAUGGACAGUGAGGACCCUCUGUUCAUGUUGUAUACGUCCGGCAGCACAGGCAAACCCAAGGGGAUCCUCCAUACACAGGCAGGGUACCUGCUGUAUGCAACCAUGACCUCCAAGUUUGCCUUUGACAUCCGUGAAGAUGACAUAUUCAGCUGUGUGGCAGACAUAGGCUGGAUCACUGGUCACAGCUAUGUUGUAUACGGCCCUCUGAGUAAUGGUGCCACCACUGUGCUCUUCGAAAGCAUACCUACUUAUCCCAAUCCAGGUAGGUACUGGGAGAUGGUGGAGAGACUGAAAAUCAACCAGUUCUACCUGGCCCCCACUGCUGUCCGACUGCUGCUCAAGUUUGAUGAGUCCUGGGUGAAGAAGUAUGACAGGUCCACACUCAGGAAAUUGGGGUGUGUUGGAGAGCCACUGAAUGUUGAGGCAGGUGACUGGUACAGCCAGGUGGUGGGGGAGGGCAGGUGUGAUCUGGUGGACACCUGGUGGCAAACAGAAACUGGAGGCAUUAUGAUCACACCCAGACCCUCCCAGCCUGGCGCUGAAAUCCUACAUGGUCCCAUGAGACCCUUCUUUGGAAUUGAACCUGUGCUGUUCAAUGAUGAGCCAGGACCUGACCAGGGAAAGGAGCUGACUGGCAAGGACGUGUCAGGUGCGCUGUGUGUCAGGAAACCCUGGCCAGGCAUCGCACGGACAAUCUUUGGAGACCAUGAGAGAUAUCUAGACACAUACUUCAGACCCUAUCCAGGGACAUACUUCUCAGGGGAUGGAGCUCACAGGGAUCACAAGGGUUACUAUCACAUCACUGGACGCAUGGAUGAUGUCAUUAACAUCAGUGGACACAGGAUUGGCACAGCAGAGAUUGAGGAUGCCAUGGAUGAACAUCAUGAUGUAGCUGAAACAGCUGUCAUCGGAACUCCACAUGAAGUAAAAGGAGAAGUACCAUAUGCAUUUGUGAUCUUGAAAGAAGGAGUUCGACGUGAUGAGGAAGACAUAGCCAAGGAGCUGAAGGAUCUGGUGAGGAAAACCAUCGCAGCAUAUGCAGUUCCUGAUACCAUUUUGAUCACACCUGGCUUACCUAAGACCAGAUCUGGGAAGAUCAUGAGACGAAUCUUGCGCAAGAUCUCCACAGACAAAGAAGAGGAGUUGGGAGAUGUGUCCACCCUGGCAGAGCCCAGUGUUGUAGAUGCCAUCGUCCAAAGUCACAAGGCAUACAAGCAAAGGAUCAGAAGCUAACUUUUGACCAAAACUAUAUAAAAAACUUGAAUUUAUACAGAAUGACUUUUUUAUCAUCAAUUUUUAUCCCUGCCAAAGGAUUCCUGAAUAUAUUUUUACAGAUAAGGACUUGGCUACAUUUGUCAUGUGAUGGUUUUACUACAUCUGUCACGACACAUCCUGCAGUUACAAAAUUGCACAUCAUAUGCAUUUUGGUGUAGAUGAUUGUCAUACUAUCAUAUAAAUAUGUACAUAUAAUGCCAAGCUAACACAUGAAUUAUACUAAAUGCUAAGUGAGUUUAAAUUUUCGCUUCUUUGUGAUGGCGAAAAUGUACUAUGUUUUAUUAUAUAGCCAGACCGAGCAAUGUGUUUAAUACUAUAGAUUUCUACUAGGUGUAUAACAGAAAUGUAUAAUCAAUCCGGCAAAGGGUCCAAUCCUAAGAGUUCUCAAUCAAACAAUCAGAAUAACACCCAGAAGGGAGGACUGAUCACACCCAGUAGGGAGGAAUGAUCAUGAAUACAGUAGAGUAGAGGAAAUUUUGAAAAGAUUUGACAAGCCAUAUCUUCUGUGGAAAUUUUAGUUUCAAAUUGAAAUCUGUCGUCUCUUUGAUGUAACAAAAGUACACAAUUUUAUGCAUUUCUCAAAAAUUAGACAAAUGAAUUUACAAGUAUUAUAGUAUCAAAGGACAUACAGGAAUUUAUGUCUCAUAUGGGUUUAAAUACUUUGGACAGGCUAUAUAAUAAUAACUUAAUGACUCGCCUUUUCCUUGGUGUGCAUUUGUAUAUUGUGUUGUAAUUAUAAGGCCUGGUCAUAUGCUAUAAGUUAAACUUAUAUUAUAGUUAUAAAUCCACCUUGUUUGCUUCGCUCACUCAAUCAAUGGACUUAUUCAGUGGUUACAUGUACCAGGUGUAGCAAAUGUCCAGGCCUUGUAACACCAUAUAUGCUCGUGGGUCAUUAACCCCAAAUUAUUAUAAGCAAAGGUUUGUCUAAACAAAUUAGAAUUGUGAAUUUCUCUGUAUCAGACAGAAGCUUUCGGGCUUAUUCAUAAUUCGAGCUAACCCCAAACCACCUGACAGCUGGUAUGUUUGUAGUCAAAUGAAGACCCACAUACCCAGGGAAAUCUAUUUGAUUAUCAUAAGCUUGGAAGGAGUAUAAAAAAUGAAACUCCUCUGACGGCUAAACUCCUUCCCAAGCUUACGAUACUAUCUUUGGCAAGAUCAAGUUCUGCUUGGAGAUCAGGUACUAGGUGAGCAGACUUGCCUGGUUUUUGGCAUGCGGGAGAUGCAGGUUCAAAGAAGAAUUCAUACAUGACAGGUUUUCCACUGCAUUUGUUGCAUGCGUGACAGUUGCAUACCUGCCCAGGAGAAGAAUGAGAUUAAGAAGAAAGCAGCUCAGGCACUCACGUAGAGGGAGCUUGUACCACUUGUUUAUAUGGCCCUACUACAAAGUCUGCUUUACAUGCUCAUCCUGCCCGCUAACAAAGUAAUGCUAUGCAGUGGCUCUCCCUUCCAAAACAACUGUACUCUAAUUUUCUUUUGGCCACUAGGGCUGUUUUUACCGAGGUAUUCGGAAUAAAACAGGAGGUUCUAUUUGUUUGAUAUGGCAUUCUAGGGGAAUGGUCCAUUGUGAACAUCGCCUAACUUAAUCUCCUAAAUUGUAUAAAGAUGAAAUGUACCAGAUCAAUCUGCUAAUGCUGGAUUUGGCUAAACAGAAAGAAACUUCAAGGAUAAAAUUUUUCUGCUUUCUAUUCAUGUCACAACAGAUAGGGAACUCGACUGUAUUUUCCUUCAUAAUGUGUGUGCUUCCCCGUAAUGUAAAUAAAUCAGACUUAAC